AUGUCGGUGGUGAUGUCUUUUUGGUGGUGGUUGAGCCCCUUUCAAUGCUUUAGGUUGUGUUGUUGCGGCUGCUGCUACUCACUCUAUGAAUUGGAUCAAUCCAGAAGAAUACUGUUAUAUCUGCAGGCUAUCACUUUCGAAGAACCCCGAGGCGGUGCUUUGAGAGUUCAUGGCCAAACCUGCCUACACAUUUGGUAG